AUGGCAUACGACCCCGUCGAACAAGCUGCACCCCUCGCUCCGCCGUUCGCUUCUAAGCACGCACAUACGGCAACAGUCUCUCUCGUUGCCUCUUCCAAGCAAAGUCCCACGACGGGCCUUCCGGAGGAUAGUGCGGCACUUAUGAAGUCGGACGAAAAGAAGACGUAUGGGAAUCCGGAAGCUCCAAGCUGGCGCGACCGGCUGGUUAGUGUCGACCACUUGGUUUCCGUGCGAGACGUCAAGGUAUCCUCUCCAAACUACAAAGCCAAGUAUCCGAGACAUCACGACUACGCCCGCUAUGUUCUGCCUGUCAGCGAGGCAGAUAUCAAAGAACAAGAUUGGAGAGGAAAACAUGCACCCGACUCUCCCUCUGAUAGUGAAUCUUCCGUUUCUUCGGGGACCACUUUGGCCCCUCCUGUUGCCUCACCCAAGGAGGGCGGCGACAACGUCGAAGCCGUACAACCUGAUGAGCAGCAACAAUUCCUCAGUAAGCUCCUGGAGGAGUUCCGCACGAUCAAAUCCUUCGCGCAUAAUCCCGGCGUGCCGAAGGGUGAGCUCAAGCUUCUGGAUGGCGAUGCCCUCGAUCAGCUUGAGAGUCGUCUCAGCGUCGAUGAUCAGGACACGCCAGACUCUUGGAUUCCGCGAUCUGCAUACCUGCGCCGUCUGACAGGAAAACAUCCUCUCAAUGCCGAGCCCGAUCUUUUGAAGCUGUAUGAAGGGGGUAUGAUUACCCCGACCAAACUCCACUUUGUCCGCAACCAUGCCGCGGUGCCGCAACUUCACUGGGAGACGCAUACGGUCUCCGUAUACUCUGACCCUCCUAACCUAUUGGUGAAGCCGAAGGAGUGGUCAAUGGACGAGCUCACGUCCGGCGAGUUCGAGGUCUUCGAAAUUCCCGUCACUCUGGGCUGCGACGGCAAUCGUCGCAGGGAAGUCAACAUGGUCAAGCGAACCGUUGGGUUCAACUGGACCGCAUCAGGAGUGUCUACCGCGGUGUGGCGCGGUGUUCCGGUGCGCGACGUUCUGCAGGCUUGCCGUCUUCGAGAGCCUCCCGUAGAGGAACGUUGGUACUUGCAUUUUGAGGGCGCCGAUCUGCCAUCCUCGGGACGUUAUGCGACCUCGAUACCGCUCAGCCAUGCUAUGGACCCUACCAACGACGUCAUGCUCGCGUUCGGCAUGAAUGGCCGCGUUCUGCAUCCUGAUCACGGCUAUCCAUUGCGUGUUAUUAUCCCUGGAUAUGUGGGCGGCCGCCAGAUCAAGUGGCUUAGCAAGAUCUGGGUCUCAAAGGAGCCCAAUAAAUCCCAUUACCACAUCUGGGACAACAAGGUGGUGCCAUCGUUCAUUGACUCGAAGUCUCAUCCUCUUGCGAAGACCUUUUUCGGAGACGAGAGCACGGCCUGCUGGGAGCAGAUUCUGCAGUCGAUUAUCUGCAAGCCGGCACAUGAAGAGGUCAUCGAAAUUCAGAAUCAAAGUGCCAUGGAGGGUAUGUAUACUGUUCAAGGAUUCGCGUUCAAUGGUGGCGGUGAUCGCAUCGAACGUGUCGAGCUCAGCCUCGAUGGCGGAAAGACUUGGCGAUGGUGCUUCCGACAUUUCUUGGAUGCGCCUCUAAGACAUGGCACGAAGUACUGGGCUUGGUUAUUCUGGUCAUGCGACGUGAAACUGAAGGAGCUAGUGAAUGCGUUGGAGAUCAUCGUGCGGGCUCAGGACAACAAGAAGAUGUACCAGCCGGAGCAUAUCACCUGGACAUUGACAGGCAUGAUGAAUAACUCGUGGUAUCGAGUCCGCCCCAACGUCACUAACCGCGACCCUAAAACGUCUAGCUGCACCGUUCGCUUCCAACAUCCCGUCGCUCCUUUGGAUGAGGAUGGCGGCUGGAUGGUGCCUUCGGAGGCUCCACGACUUGAUAGCCAUGACAGUCCUGCCCAUACGCUGCCGACGUUCUCGCUCGAUGAAAUAGCGAAACACGACAAGAUUAACGAUGCUUGGAUCAUCUUAGACAACAAAGUCUACGACGUUACCCCUGUCCUGUCGUGGCAUCCUGGCGGCCCGCGAUCCAUCCUCAUGUAUGCAGGCAAGGCUUCUAUCGCACCUUCAAUCGAGUACAAGAACAUCCACGACAACUUCGCCCACGGCAAGCGAGAUGAAUGCCUUCUCGGGGUACUAUCGGCCGAAGCCGUCAAGGUCAUGGAGCAAGAUGCUGCACGAGCGGCGAAGGAACUUCAGGAGCUCAAGGAGGCACGCAAGGGACUCGCGCUGCAACCUGAUGCUUUCACCGCCGCAAAGCUUGUGAAACGCGCCGACAUAUCGCAUGACUCAAGGCUAUAUACGUUCGAGCUUCCUCGACAGCGCGACGGCAGUCCGGGCAGACUUGGCCUUCCCGUGGGGCAGCAUGUUCAGAUUUCGCUGCACUUCAAGGAUCAAGCUGUCCAGCGCAGCUACACCCCCGUUCGGCCUGUUCUCCCUACCGAGGACGAUGGCACGUUCGACCUGCUCGUCAAGACAUACCUUCCGGUGGAGGGCGAGGCGUUUUCGCCCGGGGGUACUAUCUCAAACUACCUAGAUUGCAUGGAAGAAGGCGAGGAGAUCGAUAUCCGAGGACCGUCGGGCGGCAUCUGCUACCUCGGGCGCGGCAAGUUCAAGAUCCAGGGCACGACCUUCCACUUCGACAAGAUCAACCUCAUCGCCGGCGGGAGUGGCUUGACCCCGCACUGGCAGCUCAUUCACGCCAUCUUGUCAGACCCCGAGGACAAGACUCUGAUCUCCCUACUCGACAGUAACAAGACGUACGACGACAUCUGGAUGCGCGAUACCUUGCAGCAGUACUCCCAGAAGCACUCGACGCAGUUCAAGCUAUGGCACGUCCUCACAAGCCCGCCCAAGGGGUGGCAGUAUUCGACAGGGAGGGUCAGCAAGACUAUGCUGGAGGAGCAUAUCUACCCGUGCGGGAAGAGGGUUGCGACAUUUGUCUGUGGGCCCGAGGGUAUGAUUGACGAAGUGGUACUGCCAGCUUUGAAGGAGAUGGGAUUCGAGGAGGGUCAAUCGGCCUUUGUUUUCUGA